AGCAACAAGAGACUGCGCGAUAUACAAAGAACGGAUGCUGCGGUGAUAGUGCCUAAUCAUUUAAAUAUCAGUAGUUUUUCUUGUUUUCUUUCUCUUUUUUUAAGCAACAUUUCUUUUUUUUUUUUUUUUUCAUGCCUUUACAGCUCACAAAAGAAAACACCGAAAUCAAUCGAAAGCUCUAUACUUAUUUUGAUAAGCUAUUAUGUUUGUUGGAAAAGGUGUCUGAUGAAGCAUUUUGGCAAAAUUUGGUUGGUGAACGAGCAUUGAACCUUUUGAAGCGAUACUUUGGUAGCGAUGUUGUCUUUUUAGGUUUUGUCGUUUAUCUUGCUCGUAAGUACUAAAGAAAAAGAGGUAUGAGCGGGGUUACUUAGGGGCAUUCUUUUCUACUUUAGCCAUUGUUGGAUAUCAGUUCAGCAGUUUGUUCAACUGGGCGCUAGCAAAAGUAUUAGAAAAGAUGUAUGUGUCGAUUCAGAUUGGAAAGAAUGAAACAGGAUAUGAUGCCAUUCAACAAUUUGUUGCAUCCAAGACAAGCCAAAUUCACGACUUGCGUAACGUAGAAGCCCGAUGCAUUGAUGAUGAAGACGCCAAUGAUAUGCAAGGACCUAACCCUCCUCCCAAAUUGACACUCUACCCUUUGGAUGAAGUUAAACACGAAAUUAUAUAUAAGGGAUACAAACUUUGGGUGACAAAGAAAAAAAACGGUGGCACUCAAGGACAGAACGAGCACUACUAUUCAAACAACAUCCGGGAUCUUUUGGGUGCCAUGAACUCUAACCCUUGCAUCGAAAUCAGCAUGCGUGGGCAAGAUCUGAAGUUGCUUCAAUCUUUGAUUCAAGAAUGGAUUGAUAUGCACUAUGAAAGACAAAACGGAAAGUUGACCAUUUAUAAAUGCGUACAUACAAGAUACGAAGGAUUCGAAUGGCAGUCUGUGGGAUCUAAGGAACUUCGAUCUUUUGAAUCUGUCAUCUUGAAGGCCGGCCAAAAGGAACGUAUUCUCAAAGACAUUCAAACAUUUCGUCGACGUGAACGCUGGUACACCAAUCGCGGUAUUCCUUAUCGUCGUGGUUAUCUUCUCUAUGGCCCUCCUGGUACAGGAAAAACAUCCCUGGUUCAAUCGGUUGCUAGUAAAGUAAACAUGAAUGUGGCUAUUGUCAGUCUUUCGGGAUCUAUGGAUGAUGAAAAGUUUAAUGUCUUGAUGCAAGAAAUCCCCCGAAACAGUAUAUUGAUUAUGGAAGAUAUUGAUCACUGCGUCAUCAAGGACCCCUCUUCUGAUGAGAGCAAUGUCAGCUCAAAGAUUACUAUGAGCAGUUUACUUAAUGCCCUCGAUGGUGUCGUUGCUCAAGAAGGAUCCAUGGUGUUUAUGACAUGUAAUGAUAUAUCGCGUAUUCAACCUGCCUUGUUACGUCCUGGCCGAAUUGAUAUGAAGAUGGAAUUGGGAUAUGCGGAUAAAGAACAAAUUCGUAAAAUGUUUUGGCGAUUCUUGUAUGAUGAGGAUGAGGAUAAUACCCGCAUUUUGGAUGAUGAGACAGAAAAGAAAAAAGGACCUCCCGAAAAACUUGUAGCUUUAGCAGAUGCCUUUACAGAUAUGAUUCCUGACCUGACUGUAACUCCAGCUGAGCUCCAGAACUUUUUCAUUAUGAAUGUGAUGGAUAAAGAAGAAGAUGAAAGAGAACAACAAGAUUAUAGCUAUUUAUUAGACGCAGUUCCAGCAUUUUUAGAAACCGUUAAAAAGGAUAGACAACAAGCCCUUGAAUAUAAAGAAAGUAGAAAUGUAGAUAGUAAAAAGGAAAAGAUACCCGAAAAAGAUAAUAAUGUCGAAAAUGAAAAAUGAACAUAUUAAAAAAUAAAAAAG